CAAUUCAAACUCUUCGUCCCUAGGCCUUAGAAGUACACGUCCACAUAUUGUCCACUAUUGGCUAUAAUCUUUAAAUAAAUUAACCCUUUCUUCUCUACCAUACACACCAUUUACCAGUAGAGCUUCAUCAAGAAAAAAAAUGGAGGAGAAAAAUAGAGGGCACUUUUUGGUGUUGGCAUAUCCAGGUCAAGGUCACAUCAAUCCCAUGCUUCAAUUCUCCAAGCUAUUGCAACAUCAAGGGGUGAGAAUAACCUUGGUUACCACUCUUUUCUACCUCAAGAACUUGCAAAAAGUGCCUCCUUCAAUUGCACUUGAAACGAUUUCUGAUGGGUAUGAUGAAAAUGGGCCUAACGAAGCUGGAAGCUCUAAGGUCUAUUUAGAUAAAUUUUGGCAAGUUGGGCCAAAGAGUUUUGGGGAUCUUCUUGAGAAACUUGGUGCAUUAGGGAACCAUGUUGAUUGUGUUAUUUAUGAUUCAUUCUUUCCUUGGGCAGUAGAUGUUGCCAAGAAAUUUGGGAUAGUUGCAACUGCUUAUCUCACUCAAAAUAUGGCUGUCAAUAAUAUAUACUAUCAUCUUCACUUGGGAGAGCUUAAAGCACCUCUCACACAACAUGAGAUUUCCCUUCCUAUGUUGCCCAAACUUCAUCAUGAGGACAUGCCUUCUUUCUUCUUUACCUAUGUAGAAGAUCCAACUUUGCUUAAUUUCGUAGUGGAUCAGUUCUCCAAUAUCCACAAAGCUGAUUGGAUCCUAUGCAAUACAUUCUAUGAGCUGGAUAUAGAGAUUGUAGAUUGGAUCACGAAGAUUUGGCCAAAAUUUAGGACCAUAGGACCAAACAUACCAUUGAAGUUCUUGGAUAAGCGAUAUGAAGAUGAUCAAGAUUAUGGGGUUGCAGAAUUCAAGAGUGAAGAAUGCAUAGAAUGGUUAGACGAUAAGCCAAAAGGGUCUGUUGUUUAUGUAUCCUUUGGGAGUAUAGCUUACUUUGGAGAAGAGCAAAUGAAGGAACUAGCUUAUGCUUUGAGAGAGUGUUCAAAUCACUUCUUAUGGGUAGUUAGAGCCUCUGAAGAGAUUAAGCUUCCCAAAGAUUUUGAAAAGAAAUCAGAGAAGGGUUUGGUGGUGACAUGGUGCUCUCAGCUAAAAGUUUUAGCCCAUGAAGCAAUAGGAUGCUUUGUAACACAUUGUGGUUGGAAUUCAACAUUAGAAACUUUGUGCUUAGGAGUCCCAACAAUUGGAAUACCAUUUUGGUCAGAUCAAAACACAAAUGCAAAGCUUAUGGUAGAUGUUUGGAAAAUGGGAAUCAGAGCUCCAAUGGAUGAAAACAAAAUUGUACGAGGUGAAGCACUAAAGCGUUGUAUAAGGGAAAUAAUGGAGAGUGAAAGAGGCAAAGAGAUGAAGAGCAAUGCAAUUCAAUGGAAGACUUUGGCUGCAAAAGCUGUUAGUGAAGGUGGAAGUUCUUACAAAAAUAUUAUAGAAUUUUUGAGUAACUUGUUCCCUUCACAUACUUGAUGCUCUCAAUUUCAAUUUCAAUUUACUUUCAUGAACCUGGGUGGAUUAUUAUAAUUAAGAAUGUCCUUUAUCAGAAAAUAAUAUAAAAUAAAGAUUGUCAAUUCCUC